AUGUCGAUGUCGAAGGAAGAGAAAGAUGCUACUGGGGAUUAUGUCCGUAAGCUUAAUACUCUGGCGUUAUGUCAAAGAUUCGUUACUGAUUUUUUCAGAGGUUUUUCAAGCGGAGCAAUUCUUUAUGCUGGUGUAAAAGGUGUCUCCGCGUUUAUGAAAAAUCCGUUUCGUAAAGGAUUACCUGCCCUUGGUAAGGAAAUUGUCUGUACAGAUGCUGUCAAAUUCUCUGCUUUUCUCGGACUUUAUCCCAGCAUUUAUCAUUUAGUUGUUGAUAUUCUUCAAAUAGCCAGAUCAACAAAGGAUGGCUGGAAUCAUGGAAUAGCAGGGGGGAUAGCUGGCCUAUCUAUUAUAGUUGAGGAUGAAACUAGGAGAAAAGUUGCCUCCCUUUUUGCAAUCGCACGUGCCUUGGGGGCGGGACUGACAACUCUGGUCAAAAGAGGAAAGAUAACUCGCAUUCCAUAUUGUGAGACUUGGUCAUUCUGUGCAUGUUGUGCCUUUCUAGUGUAUUGCACAGCACUAAAACCGGAACUUUUAUCUAAAGGGUACUAUAAAUCGAUACUAAAAUGGUCUCGGGACUACUCCGAUGAAAAUCUGACCCUGCUCUUUCGAAAACCAGCUGUGGAGUUUAUAAAUUGUCAAAGUGCUGGACUUCAUAAACAAUCGUGUACUCAUCAUGCAGUUAAAGACUUUUGUUACAGUUACCCAGCUUUUGCGAAGCUGUAUCUUCCGAUCCAUGCCACGCCAAUGGUUCUCUUUAGAAGGAAACAACUCUACCAAAAGCCAUUGCAAGAGCUACUGACACUAGCAAGAAACCUAGCAAUGUCUAGUGCGUUUCUUUCAACUAUGGUGAUGCUGGCUAAAUAUGGACUGUGUGUGAUGAGGAACGCUUAUGGACGACCACCACCUAUCCCUACACUUGUUCCUGUUGUGGCAGGAUUUGUUUGUGGAAUGGGGAUCUUAUUUGAAAGAGCUCGAAGACGAAAAGAACUGGCAUUAUUUUUAAUACCUCACACUUUAUACGCAAUUUAUCUGAUGUUGAAAAAAUCCAAGCUGACAGCUAAUUUGGAAAUUCCACAUGGAUUUGUAAUUCUGUUCUCUUUGUCUAUGGGAAAUAUCAUGCAUGCUUAUGAACGUGAACCACAUUCUUUGACACAGCUCAUUCGUGGAUUAUUGAAUUUCUUUGUUGGAAAACAUAAAGUGUAG